ACGAAACGUGAAACAAGUUCUAGUCGUAGAAAUGGAGAGGAAAUAGAUGGCGCAUUCGCACCUUAUAAAAUCAUGGAAGUAUUUCUAUAUAAUUCUACCGUUUGUAGACUAUGUGGAGAAGAAAAUGAUAAUGGAUCGUUGUUAUAUUCGUGCGAAGAUAAUAAUCAAAACCUAAGUGAAAUUAUUAAUGCGUAUUUGCCAAUAAAGGUUUCUGAUGAUGGUGAACUGCCUAGAACUAUUUGCCCUGGUUGUACUAUACAACUGGAAGCCACCGUAGAGUUCUUGACUCUUAUCAUUAAUGGCCAGAAAAUAAUCCGUGAACUGCACCAGAGAGAAAAAGAGUACAAAAAGUCAGUUCUAAACGCAACAGUUCCUGAAGAGGCCGUUGCUGAGAAAAUUGUUUAUGAAGUAAAUACAAGUGAUGGGGUCUACCAAGUAGAACAUCCUAUUGCUCUCCAAGUUGCUGGUCUAGAGAAACCAAAGCGCAAAAGGGGUCGUCCUCCUAAGAAAUCAAAAUCCCCUGAAGAGCUCGCCAAUCAAGCGGCUAAGCAAGCUGCUAAGCAGGCUGCUAUGCAAGCAGCUACGCAGCAGGAGUAUUUAGAGAAGAAACAAACUGAGGAAAAGGAUUCAGAGCCCACUGGCAAACGGAGAAGGAAAACUCCAACCAGAUUCAAGGAAGCUGUUCAGGGAAAAGAGCUCGAAAGGAUACUCAAAGAAGAAGGUGUGAUCACAGGUGAUGAGGGCAAGUCAAAGAAGGAUUCAGACAAACCCAAGGAGCCAGAAGUGAUUGGACACUUAGAGGAGUCGGGUGAACUUAUUGUAGUGGGCAGAGGAAAAGGCCGUGGCAGACCCAAAGGGCGCAUGCGUCCCAACCGCGAGCAGUGCAGCAUCUGCGGCAUGCAGUUCUCGUGCGUGGGGCGCUACAUGUCGCACGUGGCGGCGCACGGGCCCGUGGUGUUCCGCUGCACGUGCGGCGCGGCGUGCGGCUCGCGGCUCGCGCUCGACCACCACCAGCGCGCCACGCACCACCGCGGACACCACGUCGUGCCCGCGCACACGCUGCAGCACCAGCCCGAACCGGACACUGUAGAAGAACAGUUACCCACAAUAACUAUAGAUCAGACUCCGCCAGAGACAGAUGCCGAGGUGUCUGUGGUCGACGACACGCCCGUCAUGGACUCUCUGCCCGAUCUGAACGAACCGACAGACGUGAGCGAAGAACAAACCAUUGUUUUAAUAAAUACUGAGUCGAAAGAACCAAAACAAGAAGUACAAGAUGAAUUUAUUGAAGAGGAUAUCGAUACCAAUAGCAUUCCAAACGAAACAAUAGUGGAGGCACUAGCCGACGACAAUGUGGUCCAAGAAGUUGAGACGACUACCCAAGGCAAGGUGAAAUUGAAAUGCCACCACUGUGACAAGACUUACAGCUCAAAACAGAGCAGGUCCUUGCACAUGAAGGCGGCGCACGAGGGGCUGCGGCCGUUCGCGUGCGCGGAGUGCGGCGCGCAGUUCUCGUACCCGCGCUCGCUGGCGCUGCACCGCAUCUCGCACGCGCGCCGCAAGCCGCAGCCGCACAAGCCCGGCUUCGCCUGCGACCUCUGCGGGAAGGUGCUGAGCCACCCGUCGUCAGUAGUGUACCACAAGGAGGCGGAGCACGCGGGGCAGAAGUUCGUGUGCAAUAAGUGCGGCAAACAGUUCAAGCACAAGCAGCUCCUGCAGCGGCACCAGCUCGUCCACACGCAGCACCGACCCUUCACAUGCAAGACCUGUAACGCGACGUUCAAGACCAGACCGAACCUGAUGAACCACCAGCUGCUGCACUCGGGCGUCAAGCGGUAUUCGUGCGAGAUCUGCAAGCACAGGUUCGCGCACAAAACCAGUCUCACGCUGCACAUGCGGUGGCAUGCAGGCAUGAAGCCGUACGUGUGCAAGACCUGCGGGAAGAGCUUCAGCCAGAAGGGCAACCUGGCGGAGCACGCGCGCAUCCACUCCGGGGAGAAGCCCUUCGCGUGCGCGCUGUGUCCGCGGCGCUUCACCACGUCGUCGCAGCACCGCCUGCACGCGCGCCGCCACGCCGAGCGCUCGCGCCGCGGCCGCCGCCUGCCGCGCUGCCACCCCUGCGCACGCGCAUUCCCCACCGCCGCCGACCUCGCCAAACAUAAUAGGUUAAUCCACGGCCAGAUCAGCCUCUUGACGUCAGCAAACCCUCCUCAAAUCAUCGAGCCGACAAUGUACGAAAUACAGACGCAAGAGGACAAGCUGUCGAUAGAAGAGCCCAGCGAGGAUAUAGAAGAGAGAGUCAUCUAUGUCGCGUACAAUAUGGACGGCACAGACUCGCCAGCUAUUCAUAUACUUAAUUCUGAACAAGAGGAGUUGGAAGAGGCGCCGAAGUCUUUAUCGUCGUGUUCGUUGUUCGGCGGCGAGUCGCUGCUGGCGGCGCCACUGUCGCCCGACCCGACGCACCACGUGCACCCCGCCGACUCGCCCGACCAGCUGUCCACACACGCGGACCACAUGCCCGUGACGGACGAGCAAGGCAAUCCUCUGCAUUUCACGAUGCAGGACGGCACGCGGCUUGCAAUAACAUCCGCCGACGGGAAAUCGUUACAGGUGAUAACGCAGGACGGACAAACUAUACCUGUUGAGAUUAACGGAUUUGCUGAGGAAGAGGAGAUGCACAACCCCGACACGAUAGUCCACCAGCUCAACCUGCAGAAGACUGUGGACGCGAACGUGUCCUCGCCCGUCACGCAUUUCUUCACCAUAGUCUAAUUCUUAGACAACCACCCCAUUAUUUAUAAUAAUUUUUAGUUCAAAUUCUAAUUGGUUUUAGCAAUAUUUAAUGUUGCAUAAUUAUGUCGAUCUCGAAUCAUAUUAUUUAUAAUUAAUAAUGAAUGCUGGAAGAAUGAAUAAUUAUUUAAGAAUAUUUAUUAGUUUAUGUUCAUGUUGUGAUUGUGAUAGUUGUGACCAUUGCCUUGAGUCGAUUGUGCUAAUAUGUACCUAAUGGAUAUUAUAAUAGAGCCAGUAUUAUCGUGAUUAAAUGUUUAAUUUUAAUAUGCAAAGAAUAUAAAAUUUCAAUCGUU